AAUUAAAAUUGUUGUUGAUUUUUUAAGGUAAUAAUAGCAUUUGAAACCGGUUUUGUUCCACCAAAUAUCAAUUAUUCGUCGCCUCGGAAUGAUAUAGAUGCCUUGCUAAACGGAACUGUUUGUGUCGUCGAAGAACCAAUGCCACUUAAAAAUGGUUACAUAGGUAUUAGUUCUUUUGGUUUUGGGGGGGCUAACGCUCAUAUGCUAUUAAAGUGGAAUCAAAAACAAAAAGUUAAUAGCACACCAAAUGAUGAUUUGCCAAGACUUGUAAUAUUAUCUGGACGCACUAAAGAAUCAGUGAAAUUGUUUUUAAAUGACAUUGCUAAUCAUCAGAUAGAUGUAGAGUAUAUCCGUUUACUACACGACAUCCAUUCGGGCAAUAUAGACGGUCAUUCAUGGAGAGGGUAUAUCAUACUAAAUACUUCGCAACAAGAAUCAAUAAAAGAAAUUCAAAGUUGUAAAAAUGUGAAAAGACCUGUUUGCUUUAUAUUUUCAGCCUUAGGCUCGCAAUGGCCAGGAAUGGGUCGAAAUUUAUUGAAAUUUCAAAUCUUUACAAAUGCGAUAAGAAUGUGCGAUGUUGUUUUAAAACCAUAUGGUAUAAGUGUCACAAAUAUUUUGACAAAUACAGAAGAAAAAGUGUGCGAAAACGCGUUAUACGCGUUUCUUGGAAUUAUUGCUAUUCAGAUCGGUUUAGUAGAUCUCCUAACAUCCUUAGGAAUUACUCCGGAUUACAUGAUUAGUCAUUCUGCUGGUGAACUUGGCUGCGCAUAUGCAGAUAAAUGUCUUACCAUUGAACAAACUAUUUUAGCAGCAUACUUUAUUGGUUUAACGUGUGCCGAAGGAAAAUUAAUUUGUAGUUCUAUGGCAAUUGUCAGAUUUGAUUACAAAUGUCUUAAAAAUAUAUGUCCAGCGAAUAUUGAAAUAGUAUGCCGCAAUAGCGGGAACAGUAACAUUAUUAGUGGUCCCACAGAAUCCAUGCAAAAAUUUAUGAAAAAAUUACAGGUUAAUAAUAUUUAUGUGAAAGAGAUCCACUGUAACGCGCCGUAUCACAGUUCUUAUCUCUCAUCUGUGGAAUCUCAGCUUUUGUUUAAUUUAAACAAAAUAAUACCACAGCCAAAUAAGAGGAGUCCAAAAUGGAUCAGUACUUCCAUACCUCGUGCUGAAUGGCACACUUCAGCAUCAAAAUUAUCAUCGGCGGACUAUCAUACGUAUAGUAUAUUAAACAUUGUUCUCUUUGAACAAGCGAGGAAUUUAAUUCCAAAUAACGUUGUGACCAUCGAAAUCGCACCAGACGAUGUUCUGCAGCAUGUUUUGAAAGAAUCCUUGCAUCCAGAGGUUACGAACAUUUUAUUAAUUCGAAGCGCUGAACAAAACAAUAAUAUAAUUUUUCAAGGAAUUGGAAAGCUUUACAACUGUGGCUUACAGCCGCAGGUUGCCAAUUUGUAUCCGUCUAUAACAUUUCCAGUUAGUCGAGGAACUCCUAUGAUCUCCCCAUCGAUCAGAUGGGAUCAUUCUGAAGAUUGGUUUAUACUGACAGAUGAACAACGAAAAGUGAUAAAAUCCAGAGAAAGAUACGUUGAAAUCUUAAUUGACGAUGAAGAAUAUGAGUAUAUGAGCGGUCAUGUAAUUGAUGGAAGAAAUUUGCUACCCGCGACGGGUUAUCUUGCACUCGUGUGGCAAACUAUCGACAUGAUGAAAGAACGAAUAGUGCACACAACAGUACCGAUAAUAUUCCAAGAUGUAAAAUUUAUUCGUGCUACUCAUUUAUCAAGAAAUAAUGCUGUAGAAUUGAGGAUUGCGAUUCAGAAAGAUGGGAAGUUCGAAAUAACUGAAAGUGAUAGCGUUGUUGUGACAGGUACAGUAUACGAAACACCAAAUCCAAAACAGGAAAUGAUUCCGAUAGACCUAUUACCAGAAAACAACGAUGAGGAAGAACAUAUGAUCGCACGAGAUAUCUACAAAGAGUUGAAACUGCGUGGUUACCAGUACAGCGGCUUGUUUCGUGGAUUAAAGAGUGUAUCUGUUUCAGGCAAAAAAGGGCAUAUCAUUUGGAAAAACAAUUGGGUAACAUUUAUGGAUGUCAUGUUACAGAUGCGUAUCAUUGAUUAUGAUACUAGGGAUUUGUACGUUCCUACGAGUAUUCAGAAAUUGGUAAUUAAUCCCGAGCUUCAUGCAAUGAAGCUACGAGACGCUAACGACUUGGAAGCUACGCUGAAUAAAGAAAAACAAUUACCAAUACGAAUUUAUAAAGAGAUAGAUACGAUUAUAGCUGGCGGAGUAGAAAUUCGUGGUCUUAAAGCCUCUCAGAUCACUCGCCGAAAAUUAGUCCAAGAUGCAGUUAUUGAAGAACACUUAUUUGUAGCUCAUUGUGAUCGCACUAAGAUUUCUUUAAAUGAAGCGAUUCGGAUAUCGGCGCAACUCACGCUAGAAGAUCAUCAAAUUGUCAAAGUGAAAGUCAUUGAGCUAGUAGAAGAUGACGAUGAUAUUCCAUUAGAAUAUCUCUCAUCUUCAUUACUAAUUGAGGCAUUUAAUGAUAUGCCAUUGAUACAAACGAAUAUCACUCUAUUAACAUCGCCGAAUCGUUUCAAUCCAUCAGAUUUAUCACAAGACAUUUCAAUCGCAGAUUUAAACAAAGCGUCCAUAGAUGACAAAGCUUUAAUAGUUGCCGGAUUCAAUCUUCUGACCAAACGACAAACCUCAUUAGAGCGACUGUUGCCAUUUUUGAGAGAAGGUGGUUAUCUGUUGACGCGCGAGAAUUGCGACGUAACUGACUAUAAGAAAUACUUGCAGCAAUACGAAUUAAAUGUUAUUCUUGAAAAGCGCACAGAUAAAGAAAUAAUUGUGCUUCUGAAGAAGAAAGUUUUGAUAGAAAAAAGAACUGUUGUCUUUAUAAAUAAUAAUAAUUUCAAUUGGCUGGACGAUCUAAAGUCGCUUGUGAGCGAUAAGAACAAAGAGAAGAGUAGAAUUAUAAUUGUCGGUGAGAGAGAUUUUGAGUGCGGUUUGUUGGGUUUUGUGAAUUGCUUGAGAAAAGAACCAGGCGGAGAACUUGUUAGGAGUGUGUUUAUUCAAGAUAAGGAGGCUCCUAAAUUUUCUCUACAAGAUUCCUUCUAUUUACAACAGCUGCAAAAAGAUAUGACCAUUAACGUAUUGCGUUCUAAUAAGACCUGGGGAUCGUAUAGACAUUUAAGAUUAUCACAACCGGAAGUUGAACCUGUAUCUAGCGCUCAUGUCUGCCAAACGAUUUGUGGUGAUUUAAGCACAUUCUGUUGGAUAGAAAACAAUCGAUGCGUCGAAUCUCGACGUGAAGAUUUAGUGUAUGUGGUUUAUUCAUCACUCAAUUUCAAAGAUGUUAUGCUUGUGACUGGCAAAUUAGUAUUUAAUCAAGCGAUUUCACAAGGGCGGUUGUUUCAAUACAUGCCCUUUGGAUUGGAAUACGCAGGAUUCGAUGCCAACGGGCAACGAGUAAUGGGACUUCGUGACACUGGUUGUAUAGCAAACGUUGUUGUGAAAGAUAAAGACUUCUGUUGGAAAAUACCCGAUACGUGGACAUUCGAAGAGGCGGCGACGAUUCCAUGUGUUUACAGCACAGUUUAUUUACCAGCAGAAACAUCAGUAUUGUGUAUGGACAUAGAUGCUCAGUUUGCUAAGUCGGUGUCCAAAAAGUUCUGGGACAUUUGA